GGAUGCUCUUCCUUAUUUUUCAAUCGUACGAAUAAUCCGCACUUUUUUUUUUUAAUACAUAUAAGAGCAGCAUCGACGAAAGAGGCCGCCGCAAUGUCCGCCCAAGCGCAAAUGAGAGCUUUGCUCGACCAGCUGAUGGGGACGGCGAGGGACGGUUCAGUGUAUCUUUGCCAGCCUACAUCAAUCUGCAAAGGAGUUGCAGAAAAGCCUCAUGUUCAUCGAGCCGUUUGGCAAGAAAACUGUUCCCAUUUUUACUUUCCUACAGCCGGUUUAAAAUUCUGCAGCUGAGGGCUUGAAGAUGCAGAAGGGUACAGUAUGUGGUGCAGAUCGCAGUGUGUAUAAACCUACUUUCUGUCAAUGUUUCAUGUCUGUAAAUGGCUUGGCCCGAUUGAUUAUCAUUUUUUUUUUUUUUGUAACCUAUGCGUUGAUGGUAGUGAUGCACCGAAUUUUCGCCCACUGUAAAAUUACAGCUAACAAUUUUCCAAAAAGUGGAUUUUCGGUUUUGGGCAGAAAUGCGUUUGCCGGCAAACUGAAACGACAGAAACGGGAUGUUUUUGCGACGCAAGCAAAAACGGGUUGUGAACACUGUAUUGCAAAGAAAAAUUAUUAAUUUUUUUAAAAUGCCGCCUCCACUGAACAACUGCCAUUCCUUCCUGCCCUCCUGUGUGGGUGUAAUCUGGGAAGGGUUGGGGGCGGGGUUUACUCUGCACUGCCCCAGCUACUUAAAGGUCAAGUGUCAUGCCUAUAAACAUUGUAAAAUAGAUAUUGUAAUGAAAAAUACAAAUAAUAUUAUUCAUUUGAAUGUCUAUACAAAAAAAUAUGAGGGGAGAGCGUGUCAUCCAUGCGCAAAGUUGCAAAAGUCUCAUUCGAUUAUCCAAGUGGCGGCCAUAUUGGCUGCAUCUUCUGUACGUGAUGUCACACCGGGACAUUCGCCAUUGAAAACACGCCGUGCCGCCUACUAUGGCUAUACUUUUGUACUGACUAUACUUUUAGAAGAAGAGAACAUCUCACAACCGAGUGAAGUGACCGGGGCGAUAUUAGCCUAUCGUUUCGAGCCGUAUUUAGAUGAUAUGCGGAUCGCGGCCAAACAGCCUCCCUGUCCGAUCCACCUUUUUCACGACUAACCGGGUCUUUUGGAAAAGUAUGAAGAGUGAAUCCAUCCUCCCGAUUGUUCGACCAAUAUCCAGAAAUACAACGAUCCGACAUUUUGGCGAACACGAAGGAACAACAAGCUACCUUCCAGCAGGUAAAACUAGCAUAAACACACGACCGCUUGCGUGCGCUACUGCCCUGUAGGUCGCUUCCUGCUUCUUCUCGAAAACAAAUCCCUCGAGAGGAUUUUCAUGGCGGGAGUUACAAAAAGUCAUAUAUGUGAAAAUCAGGUUUUGUGGUGGGGGAAAAAAAACGGAUGGGGUUUGUACCGGCUGUCGGUUUUUUUUUUUUUUUUUUUUCGUUAAUGACAUACUAAAAAUCAUACAUUUCAUGACAGUGGACCUUUAAGAGCAGCAGCCAACAUGGCUUAAUCCAAUACUGAGCCUUCGCGUCCAGUUUCGAUCCGGACAGGACGGAAACCAGAAAUGAAUUCAUCACUUGCGAUAUAAACGGCAUAAAGUGUCCCGUUGUAAUGUUGGUGGAUUUAUCUUGGAUGGGACCUCUGCGGUCCCAGCCAUAAAUGCAAAUCUGUUGCUAAUUAGGGUCGUCGUCUCUUUCGGCUUUUGGCCUCAGGUUCCUCAUUUCCGGCCAAGAAUUUUCAUUUCGGUGCAUCACUAGUUCGAGGCGCCAUGUCAAACGUGCCAUUGUGGGCACCCGAGCCUUAAAACGAGCGUAACUGAGAGUUGGGGCUCCGCUUCUUGUCGUAACGUCAUUGAGGCUUGGGUAAGUCACGCAAAUGAGGCCACGCGUUGCCUCGUGUAACUUCGCACUCAUGCCAACGCAGGCAAAGUUUAUGAAUAGCUCAUAUGACGUGCUAAUGACCAAGAUGAUUUUUUUGUUUGUUUGUUUUUUGUUUUUGUUUUUUUUUUUUCAAACAAGGUCUCCCGACUGUUUUGAGUGCCGCUUUUGUGAUCUGGUGCGACACUUUUCAUGUACCGUAAAACGGCAGUCGGAUAAGUCAAAAGCUGAAUCCUCGCCCUGAAUGAGGAACGUGUGAGGUCUUGUCUCACUGGGCGCCUUUUGGACUGUUUCAGGGGACGAGACGCGGCAGCGGGUCAAGUACUCGGACGAGCGGGUCUGCAAAAGUCAUCUCCUGGACUGCUGUCCGCACGACAUCCUGUCUGGAACCCGCAUGGACCUGGGCGAGUGCACCAAGAUCCACGACCUGGCGCUCCGAGCAGACUACGAAAUAGCCUCCAAGGAGAGAGACCUUUUUUUUGAGCUGGACGCCGUCGAUCACUUGGAGUCGUUCAUCGCCGACUGCGACCGCAGGACCGAACUGGCCAAGAAGCGCUUGGCCGAGACUCAAGAAGAGAUCAGUGCCGAAGUGGCGGCCAAGGCGGAGAAGGUGCACGAGCUGAACGAGGAAAUCGGGAAGCUCCUGGCCAAGGCCGAGCAGCUCGGAGCCGAGGGGAACGUGGAGGAAUCCCAGAAGGUUCUGCAGGAAGUGGAGAAGGUCCGCAGCAGGAAGAAGGAUGCCGAGGAGGAAUACAGAAACUCCAUGCCGGCCUCCAGUUUCCAGCAGCAGAAACUGCGCGUGUGCGAGGUGUGCUCCGCGUACCUGGGCCUCCACGACAACGACCGCCGCCUGGCCGACCACUUCGGGGGCAAACUCCACCUGGGCUUCAUCCAGAUCAGAGAGAAGCUGGACCAACUGAAAGUGUGUGCGAAAACGGUGGUGGACAAGCAGGAGAAACGCAACCUGGACCGCCUCAAGAGACGGGAAGAAAGGGAGAAGGAGGAAAAGAUGAAAAAACGGACGAGAUCCCGUAGCAGAGAGCACAAAAGGUCUCGUUCCCGCGACCGAAGGAGGCGCCGCUCUCGCUCCUCGUCGCGAGACAAGCGCCGCUCGCGCUCCCGAUCCAGAGACAGGAAGAGGCGACAGCGGUCCCGCUCCCGAAGCCGAGGCCACCGUCACAGCCACGAGCUGAGCUCCAGGCACAAGUCAUCCAGAGACCGCGAGCGCUCGUCCCGAGACGAGUCGCAGGGGCGCGAGCGGCGAGACGGCGUCAACGGCAGGUCGGACUCCCGCAGGGCGGACGACAGAGAAGACCCGUGAAAGGCCGACGACGUCCACCCCCGCGCAACAGUCGGCGUCCUGUUUCACGUAGUCCUCCGUAGGCCUCCUUUUUUCCUUGAAUCCCGAACCCGAUUCAGUCGUUGUGAAUCAAAAGAAUUAUCGAGCCAACUUUCAUCUUCGGUGAUUUGCUGGCCUUUCUUUAUCGAAUAAACGGCGACUCCAAUAGAACGACCGUACAUUUGUCAAUACGUACCCUUUUAUUGAAUUUCUUUUAUGAUACAGAAUUGACUUUGGAGUGUCCGGAGUGGGCUUUGGGAUCCUGUUGGUUUUUUUUUUUUUUUUUUUUUUGGUUUGCGAGUUUUAGUUCAAGUCCCUCCACGCAUUCACCACAUUUUUUUUCUUUGUCCAAUAUUUUAUUUUAUUUUUAUUUUUUUUUUCCACAACCGGUAUGUAGUGAGGGUAAAUUCAAAUGUGAAGUCUAGUUGGGGAAAAAAAAUAAGUUGGAAAUGUUUAAGUUAUGGCUUGUUUUGUUGAUUGGAAAAAAAAAGAAAAAGCAUAUAAAUGUUCAUUGAAAAAAAGCACGUUAGUUUUGGCAGUUGGAAAAUUGUACAAUCCCAUUUAAAAGAAAAAAAAAAAAGUGACCUGCUUUGUAAGUACAUGCAAACAGAUUGUAAAAAUGGCUGCAUCGCUUUACACAUGUGAAGGUGUCAAUCUGGUUCCGCUGAGAUUCAUAUUGGGAAAAGAAAAAAGAACAAUUCUCAAUUAAACCAUAUUAAAGUCUU